AAAGGUUUUUGUUUAUUUACUUUUUUGUUUGUGAAAAAAAGACAAUGACCAUAUAUAUAUAAAGGAUAUAUGGUCAUCACCUAUGUUUACAGAGAAAAAAAAUUAAGAGACAAUGAUGACGAUGUUGCCAGAUAAUUUAGUAGAGGAGAUACUAAGUCGUGUUCCGGCCACAUGUCUGAAACGUUUACGAUCAACAUGCAAACUAUGGAACGGUAUAUUCAACGAUAGGAGAUUCGCAAAAAAUCACUUUGAUAAAGCCCCAAAGCAAUAUAUGGUUCUCAAGCUAACGGAGGAAUAUAGGCUUUGCUCAUUCCGUGGUGAGCUUGGACUAAUAGAUCCGGUUUGUUCAGCUCAAUUCAGGAUAUCUCAUGUCUUUCACUGCGAUGGCUUGUUGUUAUGCACCAGCGAAUUCUACAAUAGAAUCGUGGUUUGGAACCCGUGUACUGGUCAAACCAAGUGGAUCACCGAUCCCAGCGAUCGUGUCAUGUUUUGGGUAACUUUUACUCUUGGAAGGUGCUACCAAGAAAAUAAUUAUAGCUAUAAAUUAUUGAGACACGUGCCUUGUUACGAGAAGCUAAUAUUUGAAAUCUGUGAGAUCAACUCCGAUUCAUGCUGGAGGAUUCCUCAUGAUGUCACUCCAGACUGCUUAUUACAGUUUGCUUAUUACAGCGUGUAUUUGAAAGGAAAGACCUACUGGUGUGCUUCGGAUUCAAAAGAGUUUGAUGCGUGCAUGCAUUUACUGAGCUUUGAUUAUACAACAGAGAGAUUUGGACGUCUGUGCCUUCCUGGCCCGUAUUGUAGACUCCAUACUGUGUCUCUAUCGGUUGUUAGAGAAGAGAAGCUUUCAGUGUUAUUACGACCCCAUGAUAGACUUGGAAACGAGAUAGAGAUAUGGAUAAGCAGUCCUAUUGAUGAUCCCAAAGCUGUGUCGUGGAGCAAGAUCUUCGCUUUGGAUGAUCCUCGUCUUGGCUAUUGCACCCGGACAAGUUUCUUGGUGGAUGAUGAGAAGAAAAUCGCUACAUGUCGUGAAAGGUGGAUACGUAGCCGUGACAAUGCCAAGGCCAAGCCCUACUACGUCUUGCAAUACAUUGUUGGGGAGGAUAAUGAAGUCACGCUACUGGAUUUUGGAGCAUCUUCUCAUUUGCAUUUACAUUCGCAACUUUUGUUUAAUUAUGUACCAAGUCUGGUUCAUAUCCAGUGACACCUAGAGGGCAAAAAGAAACAUUAUUAUUUCCAGCUACUUACAAAUAUUCCAGUGCCUAAGACUUUUAAUUGUUCAAAUUUUACGAUUUUUUUAUAAAUAAAAAUGUUUUACGCAUUCGUAGAUUACUUCAAAAUACUCGAUUCUACUACAGGCAGACUGCUUCGAAACGUUUUACUACAAAAUAUUAUAUAGUUAGCCUUCUCAGUGGUUAAUCAUUUAAAUCAUUGUACAUCCUAGUUUGAAAUUUGGUUAACUUCAGUUUAGUAGACCUCAUCGUAGCUGUUUACUGCAUAUUCCUUAUCCUAUCUUUUACUUGUCUUUGGCUUUGUCUGAAUUGUCUUAUUUUGUAAUGUAGGGACUUGCCUUGCAACAAACUCAGUGGCCUUGUUUGUUUGUUUUUAUGUUUUCUUUGUGGUGGUCCGGGAGACUUGAAUAUUUUGGGUGUU